GUUAAAGCUUUACGAGAGGGUGAGUGAUCCUCCUCUCUCCGGUUCCUCCGUUGUCACGAUUUUCUCACUUCACUCUUCCUCUGUUUCUCAGCUAGGGUUCGUGUUCCAGUUCCAGUUCCAGCAAGAUGGAGCACGCGGAAUUAUCCACUGAACAGGUUCUGAGGAGGGACAUCCCAUGGGAGACCUACGUGUCCACUAAGCUCAUCUCUGGUACAACCCUUCAGCUCCUACGCCGUUACGACCAUCGUUCUGAAACCCACCGUGCCCAAUUGCUACAUGAGGAUGGUCCGGCUUAUGUUCGCAUGUUUGUUCAUGUAUUGCGUGAUAUUUUCAAAGAAGAGACCAAUCCUAAAAGAGCAAGACUGUUUCAUGACAAGACCCUUGCAGAUGAAGACACUUAUGAACCUUUCUUAAGGUUGCUUUGGAGAGGAAAUUGGUUCAUACAAGAGAAAAGUUGUAAAAUCCUUGCUUUAAUAGUUAGUGCCAGGCCCAAAAAUCAGAAUGGCGGUGUUGUAAAUUCAGAAUCAAACUCAAAGAAAGCAUUUACCACGAUUGAAGAUGUUCUAGGAGGAUUGGUAAAAUGGCUUUGCGAACAGUUGAAGAAGCCUUCUCAUCCUGCACGGGGUGUUCCAACUGCCAUCAAUUGCCUGGCAACUCUACUUAAGGAACAUGUGGUUAGGUCUUCCUUUGUUCAAGCAGAUGGAAUCAAGUUGCUUGUACCUUUGAUUUCUCCUGCAUCCACCCAACAGUCUAUUCAGCUUCUUUAUGAAACAUGUCUCUGUGUAUGGCUCUUAUCCUACUAUGAACCGGCAAUUGAAUACUUGACUACCUCAAGAACCCUUCCUUCUCUUGUUGAUGUUGUUAAGAGUUCUACAAAAGAGAAGGUUGUUAGAGUUGUUGUCCUUACCUUUAAGAACUUGCUAUCAAAAGGGACAUUGGCUGCUCAAAUGAUUGACCUUCAGCUACCACAAGUUGUUCAGAGUUUGAAAGCACAAGCAUGGAGUGAUGAGGACUUGUUGGAGGGAUUGAAUUACCUGGAGGAUGGGCUUAAGGAUAGCAUUAAGAAAUUAAGUUCUUUUGAUGUGUAUAAGCAAGAAGUUCUCCUUGGCAAUCUGGAUUGGUCUCCCAUGCACAAAGAUCCCAUAUUUUGGCGAGAUAAUAUUGCCCAUUUUGAAGAGAAUGACUUCCAGAUUAUAAGGGUUCUAAUAACAAUUUUGGACACUGGUAGCAAUCCAAGGACUUUGGCUGUUGCUUGCUUUGACCUUUCGCAGUUCAUCCAGCACCAUCCUUCUGGGCGUCUCAUUGUGGCGGACCUCAAGGCGAAGGAACGAGUAAUGAAACUAAUGAAUCAUGAGAAUGCUGAAGUUACUAAGAAUGCGCUGCUCUGCAUCCAAAGACUUUUCUUAGGUGCAAAGUAUGCCAGCUUCUUGCAGGCUUAGCUCUAUUUCAUUGGAGUGGAAUAGUGUAUGCAUUACAUUCCACAACUUUUGCUAUUUCGUGAUUCGGAGGGUUCUAUCCUGUACAAGGUUCAUUCUUUGCAGCUUCAUUUUAUUUAUUAUAUUCUGUUGCCGCUAAGGUUCGAGCUUAAGAGCAGUUAAAAGUUGUCAUGAGAAAUACAUAAUUACGUAUCCUUGAUAUUCGGCUAUUCAAUAAAGAGUUUGUAAAUUUAUACUCCAUGUUGUGGAUAUAGUGACAUAUUGAAUUCGAUGGAAA